AAUCAGGCCACGCCCCUUUCCCGCCAACCCGGCGACCACCCGAGAAAGAACCCCGGAAGUUAGACCACCACAACCUGUGCCCCACAGGUGCUGGUGUCCGCACUGAUGACAGCUGAUGACUUUAAGAGGCUCCCGGUUGCCGGCCCUCCAUAGCGUCCCGCCGCCACGGCCGUUCCGUUGUCGAUCACUGAACCAAACGCCGUCGUCCAACUUCAGAGGAACUUUCCCGCCUUCAAGGAUGAGCACGUACACGGUGUCGCUGCCCGGGCCCGGACCCUGGGGGUUCCGGCUGCAGGGCGGGAAGGACUUCAACAUGCCGCUGACCAUCUCCAGGAUCACGCCGGGCAGCAAGGCGGCGCAUGCCAACCUGGUCCAGGGAGACGUCAUCGUGGCCAUCGACGGCGUCAGCACGGAGGGCAUGACGCACCUGGAAGCCCAGAACAAGAUCAAGAUGGCCAACUACAACCUAGCGCUCACCAUGUCCAAGUCCAAGCGGCCUGUUGUCAUGCCGACACCGAGAAUCGACGCCGCCAUUCCCAUGAUCCCUCACCAGCAGGUUUUCACCCCCCCUGCUCCCAACGCCAGCUUCAACGCCAGCGUGCUGAAGGACACGGCCGUCUCCACCCACAAGCACAUUGAGGUGAAGGGCCCGGGAGGCAAGGCCACCAUCAUCCACGCCCAGUACAACACGCCCAUCAGCAUGUACUCGCAGGACGCCAUCAUGGACGCCAUCGCGGGACAGACCAUGACCAAGGGCCAUGAAGCUGGUCCACCGCUGUUCAAAGAGCGCCUUGUAGACAGCGCCUCCCCGGUCUACCAGGCGGUCCAGAGCGCACAGACUGACCAGGACCAGGGCGAGUGGGGCCGCCGCAGCGCCAACGUGCAGUCCAAGUCCUUCCAGGUCCUGGCCCACAUGACGGGAACUGACUCCUUAAUGGAGGAGGAGGAGGUUAAGAGGAGCAGCAUGAAGCGCCAGUCUGCCGCUGGUGUGAGUGUCCAGCACACAGCUGCCAUGUCCAGCCAGUUCGGUCAACCCCCCGCCAUGCCUCCUGCCCAGCAGGCCCCACCGCCUCAGCAGUACCAGCACCCCACCGCCCAACAGGCCCCGCCCACCCAGCAGAGCUCCAUCCAGAUACCCGUCGGCACGGCCCCGCCCAAGGUGGUCAGCACCGCCUGCAUCUACCCCUCCCAGCCAGCUCCGCCGCCGCCCCAGCCGAGACCUCAUCCCGCCGCCCCGCCUCAGGCCGGUCCCGCCGCCGCCUCCAACCGCCCCCCCUGGGUGACAGACACCUCCUUUGCAGAUAAGUUUGACCCCGGCAAGACCACCACCACCGUCGUUAAGGCGCCGCCGCUGCCUCAGGCCGCGCCUCCUCCACCCCCGUACAUCCCCAACCCUUCCCCUGCUGCCCCCAGCCCCGCCCCGGUCACUCCCAGCCCCGCGCCUUUCACUCCCAGCCCGGCUCCCUUCCCGCCUGUGGCCAGAGGCGUGGCACAAAGGGCGGAGAGGUUUGCCGCCAGCAGUCGCACGCCGCUCUGCGGUGCCUGCAACAGCAUCAUCCGGGGUCCCUUCCUGGUGGCGCUGGGCCGCUCGUGGCACCCCGAGGAGUUCAACUGUCACUACUGCAACAUGUCGCUGGCUGACGUCAGCUUCGUGGAGGAGCAGAACAAUGUUUACUGCGAGAAAUGCUACGAGGAGUUCUUCGCCCCCACCUGCGCGCGCUGCAGCACCAAGAUCAUGGGGGAAGUGAUGCAUGCUCUGAGGCAGACGUGGCACACCACCUGUUUUGUGUGCGCCGCCUGCGGCAAGGCCUUUGGAAACAGCCUCUUCCACAUGGAGGAUGGAGAGCCGUACUGCGAGAAAGAUUACGUGGCACUCUUCAGCACCAAGUGUCACGGCUGUGACUUCCCGGUGGAAGCUGGAGAUAAAUUCAUCGAGGCUCUGGGACACACCUGGCAUGACACCUGCUUCGUGUGCGCGGUUUGUCACGUCAACUUGGAGGGUCAACCUUUCUACUCCAAGAAAGACAAACCUCUGUGCAAGAAGCACGCGCACGCCAUCAACGUGUAACCUGGCAACCGCACGCCGCACGUGUGCUGUCACGCUGCUGCUCUUCACUUUCACACGCGUGUGCAAAAAAAAACACACACAACGUUUUGCUUCGAGACGCCACAAAUGUUUGUGCGGUCCAGCAGUUACGUUUUACUAUUUUAUCAUCCAAUUUCUCAUUCAGUCCAUUUCGUCUGUUUUCAGUUACGUCACAUCCUGUUUCAAUUCUUCAGCGUGAUUUCACUUUCAUUUUAAAAGACAAAACGAUUUGUUUCGGACAACGACAACUUUUGUUUCUUUGUUUUUAGUUGUUCUCGUUUGUUUUUCUGCUCACUCUGAGCUGAAAAUCAACAACGGGAAAGCUUUCAGGCUGUGAACGCAACUCAAGGGUCACUGGAUAAAAUAUCCCACCCUUUUUACAGACACUUGAACUAUCCAUGGACUGCCCUACACUACAGGAUGGCCCUAAAGGCUGGACAUAUAAUAUACUGUACAUACUUUUAUUUAAAAGUGGAAUUAAGUUAAUAAUUCAUUCAUCAAUUAAAAACAACAAUAUAUUAAAUACACACAUAAUUAUUCUAAUUCAAUAAUAAAUUAAUUGUAAGCAAUAAAUAUGUGAAAAUAUAAAUACAAUAUAGAACAAAUACUUUUAUAGUAUGUAAUCUUAAAUGAAAGCAAUAAAUAAUCAUGUAAAAAAUAUUAAUAAAAUUUAUUUUAAUUACAAAAAAAAUACUUAUUGAUUUUAGAGUGUGUAUAUUAAAUGUAAAAAAAUGUGUACAAUUGUAUAAUACAUGCAUUUUUGCCUAUUUGUCCAGACUUUAGGGACACAAUGUUUUUUAGACAUGUGAACUAAGCACAUGCUCCCUAACGUGUGGAUAUGUACACGUGCAUACAUGAUCAAAAAGUGUUUGAAUGUAAGUCAUAAUGGAUGCAUCCAUUUAAAAACUACAUAUAAUACAUUCAAUACUUUAUUCUUUGAAAUGAUUAUUCAAAUUAAACAAUUUUCCAUUUUAAAAACAAUAACUACAAACAUUUAAAUUCGUCCAUUAAAAAUUAAGACUUUAUAUCAUAAAAAAUUAUAUAAAAAUGAUAUAAAAUAAUGUAAAAUAAUUUUCCAUUUUAAAAACAAUGCAUACAAAUAUAUUUGAAUUAGCCAGUGAAAAAAAUAAGACUUUAUUUUAUACUAAAUUAUAUAAAUAGUAUAAAAUGAAGUUUUUUUAAUGGACUAAUUUAAAUAUAUUUGUUUGUAUUGUUUUUAAAAUGGCAAAUUAUUUAAUUAAUUAUUAGUUAAUUAUAAAAUGUUAGUAUUUAAUUAUUAAUUAUUAAACAUGACAUUAAUGAUAUCAUUUUUUAAAUGACUGUAUAAUUAUAUAUGGAUUUUUGCCCAUGUUUAAAGACUAUAUAGUUUAGACGCUUGAACUAAGCACGUGUGAACAUAUAAUAUACAUACAUUAUACAAAAAACACUGUUUAAUGUAAUUAAUAAUGAAUGAACCAAUUUAAAAAAUACAUAUAAUACAUUCAAUACUUUAUUAUUUCAAAUGAUUAUUAAAAUGAACAACUUUACCACUUUAAAAACAAUAAAUACUAAUAAAAAAAUAGAAUUAUAUUUCUAUUAAUUAAUUUAAAAAAAGACUAUUUUAUCAUUAUAAUUUUUUUAUUCCUGUAUAAUAUUUUUGAUUAUGUGUCCAGACUUUGGGGACGCCUGAACUCUAAGCACAUUCUGUCCUACAAAAUUACCUUUGAAUGUCCCACACUAUGUUAGACACUUGAACGAAUCUGAGACCGCCAGAACUGUCUGAAAUAGUGGAUUCAGACACUCUACCAAAGCUUAGAAUGUCCCACAGUGUUGUAGACACGUGAAGUCAGCACAGACCAUCACCACACUGUUACUGGCCGGGGGUCUGCUACUGUACUCGUCUUCCCUUGUGGCGUCACCAUGCGGAAACGCAAGCUUCAAUUUCAUAUUUAUUUGGAAGGCGUGGUAUUUAUUUUGAAUUUGGUGCUCAUCGCAAAUGAUUUAUGUUGAAUUUGUGUUUGUUGUGACAUCACAAAGUCUAAUUUGAGGUUGUUGUUUUUUCUAAAGAUGCUGGAAGUGUUUCUUGGAGUGUUGUUUUUUUUUUUUUGGUGAGCAGCUGGAAAAGAAAUGUAAGCUUUUUUCGCUUGUAGAGACGUCACAAUGUUUGUCAGAAACUAAAGCAACAAGCGUAUGAAUUGAUGAUAGUUUAGUGAUAGUAGUAAUGGUGAUGGUAAUAGUUAAUGUGCCGGUUCAAACCAUGAAAGGAGCUCCGCUAAAGCUGGACUGCACGUCAAAACCACAGAAGACGAUCGAUCACGUUUCUUUGCAAAAGUAGGCAAAUUUCUGACUGUUAAUUGUGCCUUAAACACACCGUGUCCUGUUAAUUGACCGUCAGCUGUGUGAGCUGCACAGGUGAAAGUACAUUUGAUACACUUGGAUUAUUUGUUGUCUUGGAGAGCGAAUGUGUGCAUGCUUCACUUUGUCUUUGCGCAGGAAGGAUGGACGGACUCGAGCUGCGAGGGUUCAUCUCACCUCAGAUCAUUUCUCACGUUUGCCUGCCGCAAGUGGAAUAAAGUCAGACAUUUGCUGCAGUGGUUGUGUCUGCUCAAAUGCAUCAGCUUUAAUUGCUGCCGGGUUUUAUUGCAACCAUUAGUA